UUUCUUUUUACAUAACCUAGAAAUUUUGAAAAAUUACUAAAUAAAUGAAAUAAAUCAUUAUUAUUAAUUUUUUACUAUUAUUAUUUUUACAAUUAAUAUUGUCGCAUCAUUGGAGAAAAAUUGCAAAGUCGUAUGUUAAUUUACAAUAAGAAAGAAUUUUCUAUAUAGCGGAGUUGAAAAAAAAAUCGAAAAACCCGAUUGCCUUGAAUUUAAAAUGAAGGUUAUUUUCGUGCAGUCAACUGUUUUCUUUGUAAAAAAAAAAAGAAAAUCACUGUCAAAAUCCUCUUGUCCUUGAUAGAAAAUAAAAAUAAUUAAAAUUUAAUUAGAAUUUUCAAAAAAAAAAGUUAUUUUUUACAACCAGAGAAAAAAAAGAUGUUAAGGGCAGCUACGUUCCUGAACAAUCGUGGACUUUUUUCCCGUUAUUUAAAUCCAGUUCUAAAUACGCAUGUGCUCGUGACAGUGCAACACUCGAAAAAAUUGCGAUAUUUCAAAAAAAUGAGUACUGAUUGCGAUGAGCCGUAUUGUAGCACGGAACCCUGUUUGAUGGACUACGGCCCUGAUGUUAUCUACGACUGGCAAGAAAAUUAUGAUAAAAAAAAUAAAAAAGCCAAUAAAGAUCUUGUGUUGGGAAUACUUUCCGUCAUAUUCGCUCUACUAAUUAUAAAUGAAAAUGGAAUGGUCAAAGGUUAUUAUUUACCUUUAUUCAGUCCUGGCUCUUGGGGAUAAUGUACAAUAACAUUUAAUUUAAGAAUCAAAUAUUGUUCAAUAAUUAAAUUGCAAUAAACUUUCAUUUUUUCAA